AAAUUUGAAAAGUUUAUAAUAAAAACUUUAUUAAAUACAAAAUAUCUUAAAAAAUACCAAAAAGAACUUAAUAAACACGUAAAAAUUACAAAGAAAAGCUUGUGAAAAAAUUAAUAAAGAAGGAAGUAAAAAUUAAUAGAAACCAAGAGAGUGAGAAAGAGUUUAAAAUACUGUAGAUAAAUAUGUCAACCGAUACACCAUUAGCAACGGCACCAGAACUGCCAACUACAUCUCAUAGCACCGCGGAGGGUGAAGCAUGGAAUGCCGCAUUCAAUGACAACAAUGAAACAAAUAGUACAACAGCAACAAAUUCUUCUACACAAGCACCAAUAAUUAAUGAUAAAAUGAUACCAACAGCAACAACUACCACUUCAUCGACGGCAUAUUCAUUUUCGGGCAGUGCUUUGGGUAGUGAAGCCAUUAAUAUUAACAAAGAAAGUACGGAUACAAAUAAAGGCAGUAACAAAACUGCUGGCGGUGAUAAAGAGGAUGAUAAAAAUGAGGAUUCUAUAUUUGAGUGUAAUAUAUGCUUGGAUACAGCAAAAGAUGCGGUAGUUAGUAUGUGUGGCCAUUUAUUCUGUUGGCCGUGUCUGCAUCAGUGGCUGGAGACCAGGCCUAGUCGCAAAUUGUGUCCGGUAUGCAAGGCAGCCAUUGGCAAGGAUAAAGUUAUACCAUUAUAUGGACGUAAUAGUACUAAACAGGAAGAUCCAAGAAAUAAAGUACCACCUCGUCCAGCUGGUCAACGUACUGAACCGGAACCGCAACAGGGAUUUCAAGGAUUUAGUUUUGGUGAUGGUUUUCAUAUGUCUUUUGGUAUUGGAGCUUUUCCAUUUGGUUAUUUUGCAUCAUCUCUAAAUUUUGGUGAACCACGUCCAGCACCUGCUAACCGUGGCACUACCCAGUAUGAGGAUGAACAGCAACUUUCCAAAUUAUUUUUAUAUUUGGCCUUUUUGUGCAUUGCCUGGUUGUUAUUUGCAUAGCCAAAUUUUUAUCAAUUAUAUUGAAGAAAAAACAAACAAACCAAUCAACAACCAACAAACAAAUCAAAAAUAACCACUAUUUAUAGUAAUUAAUUAAUAUGCGAGUAUUCUCUAUUGUUUGUUUGUUAGUUAAUUAUUUUAUCUGUGGUUGUUUGUUAAAAAAAUCUGUCUGUGUAAACAACUAACUUCUUUCUUUUCGUAUUAUUAUCAUCUUUUUUUUAGAUAAUUCUAUAUUGUAAAUGAUUUUAUUUUAUGCAAUUGGAAAAAUUUUUGUAUACGCUCAUGAAUAUUUAAAUUAAAAAAAUUCCGUUUUAUUUUUAAUUCAAUUUUUAUUUUGUUUUUAAUGAAGUAUUUUUACUUAUAUAUAUAAAAUUCUCUAUUGAACCAUAACUAAUUUGGUGUUUGUUUUAUAUUAUUUCUAUUUUAUUGUCUUUUUGCUAUUUUCUUUAAUUUUUCAUUUUUUAAUUUUAAAUAAAAUUAAAGAAAAAUAUACUGGUUGUUUAUCCAAAUAAAAAUAUUCAAUAAAGACAUAACUACAACUAAAUAUAAAAAAACAAA